GGUAAUUAUAGAUACCACUAGAAGGUAUGUCACGAAUAUGGAAGAGUUCACUAUAUAAGUUGAGUAAAAGGUACCUCCAUGGGUCAUAUACUGUAAGUUCAAAUUUAAAAUUGAAUGAAGUUGGAAUGGAUCGUACCAGAAAUAUUGGAAUUAUUGCUCAUAUCGAUGCUGGGAAGACUACUACUACAGAAAGGAUGUUAUAUUAUAGUGGAAGAACAAAGAGGAUAGGUAAUGUUGAUGAAGGAGAUACAGUUACAGAUUAUUUACCAUCUGAAAGACAAAGAGGGAUCACUAUUCAACUGGCAGCCAUUACUAUACCUUGGAAUAAUAAUAAGAUUAAUAUUAUCGAUACUCCAGGUCAUGCCGAUUUUACAUUUGAAGUAAUUAGGUCAUUAAGAGUAUUGGAUGGUGCAGUAACAAUUCUUGAUGGAGUUGCUGGAGUAGAAGCUCAAACUGAAAAAGUUUGGAAACAAGCCAAUUCUCUUGGAAUUCCAAAAAUCGCCUUUGUUAAUAAGAUGGAUAGACCUGGAGCAGGAUUUAGUAGAACAGUUAAAGAAAUAAUGGGAAAAUUAAGAACUAAGGUAGCAGUAUGUAAUAUGCCUUAUUUCGAAGACAAUAAUGGAGAACCAAAAUUCACUGGUGUUAUAGAUAUUUUACAUCAAAAGCUUUUGAAAUGGACUCCUGAAGAAAAUUCUCUUGGUGAUGAUAUAGAAGUAAUUGAUAUUAAUAAAGAUAAUGAAAAACUUUCUGAACUAUAUGAAUUGGUCAGUAAGGGAAGAGAAUCUUUAGUUGAAGUUUUAGGUGAAUAUGAUGAAUCAGUCAUUGAUGCAUUUUUGGAAUGUGAUGAAGAUUAUAAUCAGAUACCAUUAACUGUUUUAAAUAAAGCCAUUCGUAAAGCAACCAUUGCUAAUGAAAUAACUCCAGUAUUUUGUGGAGCUUCAUUUAGAAAUAUAGGAGUUCAACCAUUAAUGGAUGCAAUUGUUAAUUAUUUACCUUCACCUUUGGAAACCCAACUUCCUGAGAUUAAUCUUUCAACAUUAGAAACAAGAAGUAAGAAUAAAAGGAUCACUGAUAGGAAAGUUCAAAUAUCUAUGGAUAAAUCAAAGGGACUUGUGAUUAAUAAUAAUCCUCUGUUAACAGUAGCACUUGCUUUUAAAGUCAUGACUCAUGCUACUAAAGGUGUAAUGACUUUCUUUAGAGUUUAUAGUGGGAAAUUACAUUCAAAUUCAAUUGCUAUAAAUACUAGAACUGGUAAAAUGCUUCAAAUAAAGAGAUUAUUACUUAUGCAUGGAGAUGAACCUGAAGAAGUUAAAUAUAUUGGAGCUGGGAAUAUUGGAGUUGUUACUGGUAAUGAAGAUGAUAUAUUUACCGGUGAUACAUUAGUAAGUCAUAGUCCUCUGAAAAAGACAUUUUCUGGAGUAGAAUCUCAUUUAAAGCUUUUACCAAUUGAAGUUCCUCCUCCACUUUUCAAUUCUGCUAUUGAACCUCGUACAGCUGGAGAUCAAGCACAUAUGAAUGAAUGUAUAAAGAUUCUUAUUCGUGAAGAUCCAUCUAUAAAAGUUCGAAUUGAUGAAGAAAUGGGUCAAACUAUUCUUGGAGGAAUGGGUGAAUUACAUUUAGAAAUUGUAAGAGAUAGAUUAUUAAAUGAUAUGAAGGCUAAAGUAAGGCUUAGAGAUGUUGCAGUAUCAUAUAAAGAAUCACUUGUUAAGAAUAAAUUCACUUCUUCAAUAGCUACUAAUACUGAAGGAACUGUAUCAGUUGAAAUUGAAAUGGAUACUUUUGAAGGUAAAGCAUCCGAAAGUAUAUUUGCAGAAGAAGAAGGAGCUUUUAUAUUUGAAGAAGAUAAUAAUAUUAUUAUUUUAGAACCAAAUGCAGCUCCAGAAGCACUUCUUGCACACGAAGAGAGAAGAUGGAAAUCAGAACAUAGUUUUGAAGAUAUUCAAGAAGGAAUAGUUCAAAGUUGUAUAGCAGCUUUCCAAAUUGGUGGACCAAUAUUUGGAUUAUCAUUACAUUCAACUGUUGUUAGAGUUAAACAUUGGAAAUUCCCAGUUACAGAAAAUACAACUAAUUUUCCUGAAAUAUUGGAUACUAGUAGAAAAGCAGUUUGUCAAUAUAUUGAAGAAAAUAAAGAUUGUUUUGGAAUAUUAGAACCAUUUAUGGAAACAAAAGUAUAUGUUAAUUCUGGAGAUUUAGGUGAAGUUUCUCAUGAUUUAACUCAUAGAUGUAAAGCAAUUAUUUUAUCAGUUGAAGAUGAAGCAUCUCAAGAUUUAGAUGCUAAUAAAGAUUUAUCAACUCAUGUAUAUUUACCUCCUGAUUAUACAUUAAGUAAUUCCCAAGGAUUAUAUGAUUUUAAGAAUCAAAAAAUUAUAAUUGCUGAAGCUCCAUUACGAGAAAUGAUAGGUUAUUCAUCUAAAUUAAGAUCUAUAACUCAAGGUAGAGGAACUUUUGAUAUGUCAUAUAUAGGUAUGAGAAGAGCCUCUCAAGCCAGACAAGAGACCAUAGCUCGAGAAAUAUCAUUCAUGUAAAUAGUAUAAGUAGACUUAAUUAAUUAGUUAGUUAGUUAAUUAGUUAUUAUGUAAAUAAAUAAAAUCUUUGUAUUAGA